AUGAUGGAUCGUAAGGUGACAGCUUGUGGUUUUUUAUAUGUUGCUCCACCAAAUAUUGACUUUUCUCAACCAUCACAUUCUGCAAAGAGAUGGCAGCGUCGAUGCUUUACAUUAUAUGACGAUGGUGAACUGAGCUAUGCUCUUGAUGACAAUCCUGAAACUGUUCCGCAAGUCAAAAUGGAUAUGAAACGCUGUGUUCGAGUUUGUGAAGCAGAUGCUAUCACGGGUCAUUCACAUAGUAUCUUAGUAGCUUUUCAAAAUGAAACCCCGAAUAGUAACUCAAAUACUGAAACUGAUGGCAUAACUAAUAAACACGUACCCAUUUGUUAUGUGAAAGCAGAUUCUACUGAAGAAAUACGAUGGUGGCAAAAUCUGUUACAAAAAUAUGCAAAGCGUAGCAUGUAUCAUUUAACAGCAGCACCAAUACGCUUACUUGAGGAUGAAGAAGAACAGAUAUUAGAUGUAAUUACGAAUACAGAAGAUUUAGUAGAGACUUGUGGGCCAACAAUUAUUCAGGUAAAUGAUUGUUUAUCUCGUCCAGCAAGUGUUUCUUCAGUAAGAUCAAGUCAAGAAUUAAAAUCACCCAUGUCAACUCGAGAUUCCUCAAGUAUGGUUACAAGGGUAGAUUUAGGCAAUCGAUCAAGCUUAUUCGAUGUUCAUCAUGGGACACCACGAGCAGUGAAAUAUCGAAAUAAAGCUAAUAAGUAA